CUACCUCUGCCUCAGGAGUGCUGGGUUAAAGAUGUGCACCGCCACCACCCUGCUGAUUUUUUUCUUUCUUUGAGAAGGUUUUGGUAUGUAGUCUAGAUUGAUCUCUAACCAGAAAUCCUACUGCCUUAGCCCGACUGAGCCCUGGAAUUAUAGGUCAGGAUGAAUGACCACGCUGAUUUUAAAUGUGACUUGUAUAAUGUCGUGAUGAUAUCUGACCCAGGUGGUGCUAGGCAAGAGGUCUACACCUAGGCACCAUCUCCAGCCCUCAUUUGUGGCGAGUCAGCUGGGGGGACUCGAGGCACCCUAUGGGGGAGGGGGUGCUCUGCUUAAGUAGGAGCAGAGGGAUCUGUGCUUCUGCAGGUUUGUAUGGAGGUGCCGAGGGCCCUGGGGAAGCUCUUCUCAAAGUUCCAUUAGGGUCCUGGAUGGUUUCACCAUGGGCUACAGGCACUGGAAGACUCAUUUUUGUUGGGUCCAUUUUCAUAGAAAUAGGCCAUACCACGGUCUUGUGGGAGGUGGAACAGAGCAGGGGCUGGAGGAAAUAGUAAUGUUAUCCUCACUUGAGAGGUAGGGAAACUGAGGCACAGGAGAUCCAGGCAGGUGGCCCGAGGCUUAGCUGGUUAGUGGUGGGCCUGGCUGCCAUCAGUGGCAGACUGAUUCCAGCUUCCAUGUUUUCGCCCACGAGGCUUCUCCCCUUACUUCCUGGAUUCCUGGAUUCUGUAUGGCCUGCGUGAAGGAUCCUCCAUGAGAAAUUCCCCUGCAGCAUACACAGGAAGAACCAGGCUCAGCAGGCUUGUCCCUGAGUUCUCUUUCCUGUGAGAAAGGCAUCUUAUGGCUGUGGGAGCAGCUGACAGUGGCUUCCAGGAGGAUGUUUCCCAGCUACAAGGUAAAAGUCACAGGCAUGAACCCCAAGACCAAGUACAUCCUGCUCAUUGACAUCGUCCCAGCUGACGACCAUCGCUACAAGUUCUGUGACAACAAAUGGAUGGUUGCAGGGAAGGCUGAGCCAGCCAUGCCAGGAAGGCUUUAUGUCCACCCAGACUCUCCCGCCACCGGGGCCCACUGGAUGCGGCAGCUGGUCUCUUUCCAGAAGCUGAAGCUGACAAACAACCACCUGGACCCCUUUGGCCAUAUCAUCCUCAACUCUAUGCAUAAGUACCAGCCACGGCUGCACAUCGUUAAGGCAGAUGAGAACAAUGCUUUUGGCUCAAAAAACACAGCCUUUUGCACCCAUGUGUUCCCAGAGACCUCCUUCAUCUCCGUGACCUCCUAUCAGAACCACAAGAUUACACAGCUGAAAAUUGAGAACAACCCCUUUGCCAAGGGAUUCCGGGGCAGUGAUGACAGUGACCUGCGUGUGGCCCGGUUGCAGAGCAAGGAGUAUCCGGUGAUCUCCAAAAGCAUCAUGAGGCAGAGGCUCGUCUCCAGCCAGCUGUCGGCUAAGCCAGAUGUCAGCCCCCUGCACAGCGCACACCAGGCCCUGCAGCACUACCAGUAUGAGAAUGGGGCCCACAUGCAGUUUGCUGCUGCAGAGCCCCAGGACCUGCCCCUCAACACCUUCUCAACGCAGAGGGACUCCAGCCUCUUCUACCACUGCCUGAAGCGCAGAGCAGACAGUGCCCGCCACCUGGACUUACCCUGCAAGCGAUCAUAUCUGGAGACUCCCUCUUCGGUGGGAGACGAUCACUAUUUCCGCUCACCCCCUCCCUACGACCAGCAGAUGCUGAGCCCUUCCUAUUGCAGUGAGGUGACCCCCAGAGAGGCCUGCAUGUACUCCAGUUCAGGGCCUGAGAUUGCGGGGGUGUCUGCCGUGGAUGACUUGCCCCCACCCCCACUGAGCUGUAACAUGUGGACGUCGGUAUCACCGUACACCAGUUACAGUGUUCAAACCAUGGAGACAGUGCCUUACCAGCCCUUCCCCACGCACUUCACCACCACCACGAUGAUGCCUCGGCUGCCCACCAUCUCUGCCCAGAGUGCCCAGCCGCCAGGAAAUGCCCACUUCAGUGUGUACAACCAGCUGUCCCAGUCUCAGGUCCGAGAGCGGGGGCCGUCUGCUUCCUUCCCUAGAGAGCGUGGCCUCCCUGCAGUGUGUGAGAGGAAGCCGCCCUCACCACACCUGAACGCUGCCAAUGAGUUCCUCUACUCACAGAGCUUCUCCCUGACCCGAGAGUCAUCCUUACAGUACCAUUCAGGAGUGGGGGCUGUGGAGAACUGGACUGAUGGAUGACGUAACUGCUGUACCCUUCACAGCCCCAGGACCAUGUCAAUCCAGUAUUAACCUCUGUGGAUGGCUGGCACUGCCAAGAAACGUGGGAAGGUAUUUCAGAAGGUGUGCAUGUGUGUGUGUGUGUGUGUGCGCGCGCGUGUGUGCAUGUGUGUGUGGGUGUGUGUACACAUAUGUCUGCACGCGCGCAGGCGUGCACAUGCUUGUGCUUCUACAUGCAUGUAUGUGGUUGGAGAGCAUCUAUCUUCUGACAUGCAGCUAAGGCCAAGACAAGAAAAAAAUACAGUUAUCUAAGAAGUAAUUUUGGCUUCCGGGGCCAAGUCCACUGCUACCUGGCAUCUCUUGACACGCCCUGGGUGGGAUAGAAGUGGGGGGCUCAUGAGUUAUCUAGAGGCUUCUGAAAUAUACUCUGAUUUUACUCAGGGGCCAGCUGAGGUCUCUGGCACAAGGAGGGCCAUUCUUUGCUGGGGGUAUCUGUGCUUACUUAGAGUUCUUGGCCUUCCACCUGCAGGGGGAGCUACCCACCACUCCUGGGAACCCCCCCCCCUUUGCUUGUGGAGAUUGUAUGAGACUACCUGAGCUUUAGAGUGCUGUGACAGUAGGGUUGGGCAAACAUCAGCCUGGACUUGGAUUUUGAAGCUCCAGGGUCUGAGGCAUGCCUUUCAGACAGGGUCAUGUGCUAAAUGUCACCUCAUGGUGCUUGCUCCUCAGAGAGGAGGGAAAAUGCACCAGUAGUAUUUCUGUAAUCAUUCAAGUUUCAUCAUAAUAAAGUACAGAGCUCCUCCCCCCAGUCCCAGCAUGUGGCCCCUCAGCCUGCUAGAUACCAUCUGCAUCCUAUGAUGGGCAGGCAAACACACCUCACCUGGCAACAUCCCGUGGAGGUCUCACCUGAACUGAUGUUACACGUCUGCUGGACCCAUUCUGCUCCCAGAAAAUCUACAUCCUUGGAACAAGAAAGCUGGCAGAAGGAAACGGGCAGCUGAGAAAAAAACUUAGGCGUUCCAGCUCAGAGGAGCCGAUAGUUCUUUCAGAGUGGGCAACGAGGAGAGCACACACUCAGUCCAUUAGCAUCGGACAUCACCAGAGUGUCAGGGUGGCUGGUGUGAACACUCAGUCAGAAUCUGGAAAUCACUAAACUCUUUGCAUGCUGGAUAGCUAUUUAAAUAUUAUAUAAAUAAAUAUAUAAAUAAAUAUAUCUAUAUCUCACAAAUGCGGGCCACAUGUCUAAUUCAGCUUUGCUUCUUAUGAAUAAACUUACCAAAAAUGAAUGCUGGAGGCAGUAUUUGGAAAGACAGCUAUUUAAAUUUUUAUUACAUUUGAUGUUAUCUAAGAAUGGUUUAGAUAUAACAUAUAUAUAUAUUAUAAAUGCACACACUACAGAUAAAGCUUUAUUAGAAAACACAUUAGCUGACAGUUGGUAUGAAACUUCCAAGUGUUUUGGUAUGUAGCAUGGACAUUUUAAUUUGCAUAUUGGAACAUAAAGUCAUCUUGCAACUGUGAA